CAAGUGUUUCGAUUCCUUGAUUUACCUGGAGAGCUGCGAAACCGCGUCUACGAGAUCGCAGCAGAGUGGAGUUAUCGGUGUUUUCCCCACACGCACAUAAGGGACAAGCCGCCAAAACGCAGAGGACGCUCCAAGUCAUCCUCAGCAAGCUCAUCUUCAGCCGAGGAAUCCCGACAUCUCCCUCCCAGACCCCUUCCCUACAUCGGCCUAACGCAAACAUGCUCCCUGAUACGAACAGAGUUCAGAGGCCUAUGGCUAUCCAGCCAUCGCUUCCCACUCUUCGCACUGGACGGCUACUUCAAAGCCUUCUUCCCUACACCACCACCAGCGUCUGGCCCAGGCCCAAGUCCAGACACACAUCGCAAGCGCUUCGACUCCUACUUCGAUCCCGCAGGCAAACUACGCCUAUGGAUCCGCAACGAAGACGUCACUGAUACGGAUAUCCUCGGACUUCUCAAGUAUAAAGCCCGGUUCCCGCAGUACACCAUCACACCUGUUGCCGCUGCGUAUACCAAUGUGCCUGAAGAAACGGUCGCGUUCAUCGCGGCGAUUGUCAAUAAUAGCAAUCCCAAGUGGUGCUGGGGUAUUCGGGACAAUGUUAUUACGCAGAUGAGGUUGAUCUUCUCGGGUUCAUCCAGUAAUGUGAGGAUCGUGGUCAAGGAGAAGUAUGCGCCGCAGUGGAUGAGGCCGACGCUUCAACCCGAGAAUAAUGUUCCGGAGGGGUAUUUGGAGAGUCUGGGGCUAGAUAAGCUGACGGGGUGUAGGAUUGUCUUUGCGGUGGAUUAUACCUGA